AUGUUAGAACGGAGCACUUUUCUAAGAGGAUAUCCCAUGGCAACCAAACUGGCACAAGAAUCGUUGCACACAAAAAAGCACACACUGACACACAACUAAUACACACACACACACGCACAAAAUACUGGAACACGGCAAUCAACUCUUAUUUGGUAGCCUCGGGCUCUCAGGGUGGUAAAGCGAUAAUCCUAUCAAACAACAGGUCGAAGUUUAUUAUCUGCAGUUCAAUACCAGCCACAGGAACACCAGGGCAUAGAAGGCCCCUCCAGAUACAUAGAGAGAGAGAGAGAAAGGGAAACUUUUUGCCCUAGCCGGGACAUUGGGUCAGUUUCUUUUGGUUCUUUUGUCAAUGAAUGCACUGGAUAGUUGGCAUAGCCUAACUGUUAAGACUUGUGGAUACGUUUGAGUUCACCUCUAGCUGGUGGCAUCUCCACUCACCUGACUGCAGAAUAAAGACAUCUCAGAGUGUAACAUAAUUUUUCCCAGAAAUCCCAUUUGAAGUGUUGUGUUUGAACAAGCAAACGUUCAGAGUCAAUAGCCCUGAACUCGACAACUCGAUAAUACAAUACUGAGGUGGAGUAUUACCUGAUUGUGGUGUGACGGUGUUCUUGUGAUGGGGAAGACUGGCCAGAGCACGGUGGACCUCAACUCACCCUCAGACGUGAAGCAGGCAGUCCCAUUUGAGGACCUUCCUCACAACAGUGUUCCCGUAGAAGAGGAGAAGGAGAAUAAAGUACCAGACAGAGGAACGUGGAAGGGAAAAUUUGACUUUCUGCUGUCCUGUGUUGGAUACGCCAUUGGGCUGGGAAAUGUGUGGAGGUUCCCAUAUCUUUGCGGAAAGAAUGGUGGAGGAGCUUUUCUCAUCCCCUACUUUACUACUCUGGUGUUUGCUGGUAUCCCGCUGUUUCUGCUAGAGACGGCAUUAGGACAAUACACAUCAGUAGGGGGGCUGGGAGUAUGGAAAUUAAUACCCAUGAUGAAAGGUGUGGGUCUGGCUGCUGUGGUUUUGUCUUUUUGGCUCAACAUCUAUUAUAUCAUCAUCAUUGCCUGGGCUCUCUACUACCUCUUCAGCUCUUUCAAAGCAGAGUUACCAUGGCAAACUUGUGAUAACCCUUGGAACACUGAUCGCUGCUUUUCUAACUACAGUCUGUUGGACACCACCAACCUGACCAGUGCCGUCACUGAGUUCUGGGAGAGGAACAUGCACCAGUUAACAAAUGGUUUGGAGGAACCAGGGGAAUUGCGCUGGCCGUUGGUUGGAACUUUGGCGUUGUCUUGGAUUCUUGUCUAUUUCUCAAUCUGGAAAGGCGUGGAGUGGACGGGGAAGGUGGUGUAUUUCUCAGCCACAUAUCCCUACUUCAUGCUCUUUAUUCUGUUUUUCCGUGGAGUCACUCUCCCUGGGGCGAUAGAUGGUGUUCGCUUUUAUAUCACCCCGGACUUCAACAAGCUUUUAAAAUCUGAGGUGUGGUUAGAUGCUGCCACUCAGAUCUUCUUCUCUUAUGGUCUGGGUUUAGGUUCUCUCAUUGCUCUGGGCAGUUACAACUCCUUCAACAAUAAUGUCUACAAAGAUUCUAUCAUUGUGUGCUGUAUAAACUCCUGCACCAGUAUGUUUGCGGGGAUUGUCAUAUUUUCCAUUGUGGGCUUUAUGUCACACAUCACAAAGAGACCCAUUGAAGAACUGGCUGCUUCAGGUCCUGGUUUGGCAUUUCUGGCCUAUCCACAAGCCGUCACACAGCUUCCCAUGUCUUCACUCUGGGCUAUUCUCUUCUUCUCAAUGCUCAUGAUGCUGGGAUUGGACAGUCAGUUUUGUACAGUGGAAGGCUUCAUAACAGCUCUAAUGGAUGAAUAUCCCACAGUCCUGAGGAAGAGAAAGAAACUCUUCAUCCUCAUUGUCUGCAUUGUAUCCUUUAUCAUCGGCUUCUCCAACAUCACCCAGGGUGGCUUAUACGUGUUCAAAUUGUUUGACUACUAUUCGGCCAGUGGAAUGUGUCUUCUGUUCUUGGUCUUCUUUGAGACAAUCUCCAUUUCUUGGUUUUACGGAGCAGAUAAAUUUUAUAAAAAUAUUGAAGAAAUGAUUGGUUAUCGGCCUUGCGGCUUUUGGAAACAAUGCUGGAUUUACUUUACUCCAAUAAUUUGUUUGGGUGUUUUCACAUUUAGUGCCAUAGAAAUGACUCCUCUGACAUUAGGGAAGUAUGUGUACCCAGCCUGGGGACAGGGCAUCGGCUGGCUAAUGUCCCUUUCCUCCAUGAUUCUGGUACCCGGAUAUAUCAUCUAUAUGUUCUUCACGACCAAAGGCAGCAUCCGACAGCGCUGGCACAAGAUGACUAAACCAACAGAGCUUACAAUCUCGGACACAAAUGAUCUCACACAACAAUCCUCACAUACAGGAAGUAUGGAUGAAGCUUCAGUCUGACAUCAUUUCCUCUUUCCUGUACAAUGGUCAUUAAACCUAUGGCAAAAUAACUAUUCCUCCAUUACAUUUUUUUUUUUGUUUGUUUCUGUUGGAGAAACUACAACAGAUUGAAACGGACUACACACAUGUUCAUCUGUUUUUCUUCGAUUUCUUUCUCUACAUCCCUCUCUUGUAUCAUGUAAUAUGAGGAGGCUGCAGUCUGUCUUCAGUGGAGAAAGCAAUUUCAGUGACUAUCAGUAUAAAACUAGAAAUAAUCCAGGCAGUUUGUAGGCCAUUGAAAAGGCCUACGUAACCAUUGCAUUCCUGUUAUUUACAGUUCAAUUUCUCACAGUAUUUACCUCAAGUUGACGAGUGAAUGCAAGUGUUUAGUGUUCUGUUUCUCUUGGUUUCAGCAUAUAUUGUAAUAUUAUACUCAUUUUGAAGGCUAUGUAUGAUUAUCCUUGUCACAAUGUAUUGAACUAUAUUAACUACAGGAGAUCCAUUUGUAUUUUUGAAAGAAGUGGAAUAACAGAAUGAAAAUGAUACAAAGUAGUUGAAACAUAACAAAUAUACACUAACUUUUUUUUUUUAUCAACAUUAAGAUUUUAGGUUCAAAUUUAUAUGAAUGUAUAAGGGAGAGUGUUUAUCUCAGGCCCCGUAACUGUCCACCAUUCAUUUUUUCACCAUUUUGAUAACCUUUUACCUUUACAAGCUCAUUUUAUACGGUGUUGCUGUGUGGCAAAUUUUGCAGUAAACCUAGUCCCUCAGUUAAUAUCACGUGAUAAAGGCUGCAUGCAUAAUAAUUAGAAAAGUAUUAGCUUCUGUUUAAAAUGGAUUCAGAUGGAGAGUUGUAUGCCAUACUGCCAAGAUAUGUCAACUUUACAAAACUAUUUAAGGUUAAGGUCUAAUGAAACCUAUUUGAGAUAUACAGUAAAAUAGACUGAAAAUGUAUUAAUUGACAGCUAAUUAAAUUAGUUUGAAAAACUUAACUCAAAAAUAAGUUAGAGUUUUGUUCGCAACAUUAUGAUUUGUUCAUGUAAAAGGUAAUUUUCUCAUCUGAUUCAUUCUUAAAACUGCUCCUUCAACAGGUUUUACAUCAUAAAAUGUCUUUUGUGUGAACCUUGAAGAUUUGCUGGGUUUUGUGCAUCAGUUGUGAGAUGGCAUUAUUGUUUUAAUCAAAUGAAAAACAAAAGGAAAACAAUGCAUGGCUUGCGCAAUCUUUUUGUUACAUUAAAGCUAAGUUCACCAUUUCCAUUACAGCAUUCAUGUUACAGUGUAGUAAGUACUAAGUGAUGCUAAUGAACAUACUUAUAACUUUUUUUGAGCAUGCUUGUAAAUACAUGUUGUUAGUAUUAUUACUAUUGUAAUUAAUUGUAUUUACAUAUAAUAUGUGUAGCAUACACUGUAAUAGACAAUAUGCUGGAGUAGAAAACAUAUUUAAUUUGAAAAAAUGAAAACAAGGCUAAGAGAAAUAGAACAAUCUGUACAAUCCAUUCAACUGUCAAUCAUUUAGGGUACGUUAACACGACAGCGAUGUACUAAAAACAGAAACGUUUUUCCUUUGCAUUUUUCAUGUACAGGGGACAAAGUCAAAAUGAUCCCUGUUAACACGGAUCCGUGAAAACAAGUAAAAUCGUCAUAUAAUAUAUGUGUAACAGAAGCUAGUAAUAGCUGUGUGGGUAAACCUCACUCCCCUGGCCACAUAAGGCACACUAGCAACUAAAGUCUUGCAGUCUUUAGCAUCCUUGUUAGCGCACCCGCCUCCCAUGCUGGAGACACCGGCUCAAAUCCUGCUCAGAGUGGGUCGAGUUGGACCAGUUCCUUUGGUGCCAUGACCCGGACUGGAGUGCGGUUUUAGGGGGGUGAGUGUAACAGAAGCAUGACCUUAAAGCCUCCAUGAAAUGGCUUGAUGUUUUUCCUGUUGAAACCCGAAGUUUGGGCGGGACAUAUCGAAGGGCUCAUAGCUUUCAUAGACAUGAAUAAAACACUGAUUUCAUUUUCAUUUGAAGUCUUUAACACUGUACAGGAUAUUGAAUUUAUUCAAUACUGUCUCUUUUUCAUUUUUCGUCAAAUUAAAUACAGCAUCUGUUCUGAUCUGAGGUCUAUGUGAAGUGUUACCAAAGGUACAAAGAGAACUUUUAUUGUGAUGACUGUAUUUGUUUUUAUUGUCAUUUGCUGAUUAAUUUCAAAUUCAAUAAAGGCAAAAACAGAA